CCUAGACCUCUCGAUCUUGGAAGCUCACUCAAUCCACUGGCCGUUUCUUCCUCCCGCGCUUCGAGGUAUGAUCUACUGUAUGCUCUCUAGCCUCCAAGAUUGUUGAGCGCGUGCUGAACUUUCAUAGGCGAGAGAAAGCGUGCGAAAGCCAAUUGUCCAGCCGAGCUUGUCCUUCAUCGCUGACCAAGAGAGCAGUCAGGAUGGUUCUCUCCGAUCUUGGGCGGCGCAUCAACAAUGCCUUCUCGGAACUCAAUCGCGUCCCAACGAUCGACGACAAAGCUGUCGAUGCUCUUCUCAAGACUGUCUGCGCAGCUUUGCUCGAGAGCGACGUCAAUGUCCGCUUGGUGUCUAGCUUGCGUGAUCGAGUGCGAGGCAGCGUCAAGGAGCAGCUCAACGCCAAGGACAAAAAUGCUGAGCAGAUGAGUGAAAUGCAGAGGAAGAAUGUAGUGCAAAAGGCUGUCUACGAUCAUCUUGUGCUGCUGGUCGACCCGGGCGUAGAGGCCUUCAAACCCACAAAAGGAAAACCGAACGUCAUCAUGUUCGUCGGUCUUCAAGGCUCAGGAAAGACUACAUCUUGCACAAAAUUGGCGCUGUACUACCAAAAGCGAGGCUUCAAGACUGGUCUUGUCUGCGCUGACACAUUCCGUGCAGGUGCCUUCGACCAGCUCAAGCAGAAUGCUUCAAAAGCGCGCAUUCCCUUUUAUGGCUCGUAUACUGAGACGGACCCAGUGGCCAUCGCUGGCGCUGGCGUCAAAUCCUUCAAAGCGUCCAAGUUCGAGAUCAUCAUCGUUGACACGUCCGGCAGGCACAAGCAGGAGAGUGAACUGUUCAACGAGAUGGUCAUGAUCAGCGAUGCUGUAAAGCCAGACCAGACCAUCAUGGUGCUGGAUGCCAGCAUCGGCCAAGCGGCCGAAGCGCAAAGCAAAGCUUUCAAAGAAGCUGCCGGCUAUGGUGCCAUCUUGGUCACCAAGCUCGACGGCCACGCCAAGGGUGGUGGAGCUAUCUCGGCCGUCGCUGCAACCAAGACACCAAUCAUCUUUAUCGGAACAGGCGAGCAUAUCACCGACCUUGAGCCGUUCCGUGCGCAACCCUUCAUAUCCAAGAUGCUCGGCAUGGGGGACAUGGCUGGUCUCAUGGAUAAGGUGCAGGAGGUGACGAUGCAGAAUCCAGAGAGGCAAAAAGAGAUGAUGAAGAAGAUAGAGGAAGGCGGCACCUUUAGCAUUCGAGAUUGGCGCGAGCAGAUUGGCAACAUCAUGAGCAUGGGUCCACUCUCCAAGCUCGCAGGCAUGAUUCCCGGCAUGGGCCAGAUGAUGGGGCAAGGUGGCGAUGAUGAAGCGGGCAACAAGAUGAAGCGCAUGCUCUACAUCACUGACAGUAUGACGCGUGAAGAGCUUGACUCAGAUGGAUCGCUCUUUACCGCCCCCAUCGAAUCGCCUGGCGCCUCCAAUGCGCAAGUCGCCGAGAAGAUUUCGAAGGAGCUUACUGCGCAGCAGCAGCAGAAUGAUAAGCCUGGCAGGAAGAAGAAGAAGCAGGUGCGCGUGCGCAUGACCGCGCGUGCGCUGCGCGUCGCCAAGGGCUCCGGCACGUCGGUGCGUGAGGUGGAAGAGUUCCUCGUGCAGUAUAAGAUGGUCGCGGGCAUGGUCAAGAAGAUGGGUGGCAAGGCUGGCUGGCUGAAACAGAUGCAAGGACGUGGCGGCGCUGGCGGGCGCACUAGUGGUGCACCGCCCCCGCUACCACCGGGCGUCAGUCGCGAGCAGAUCAUGCAGAUGCAGAACUCUCUGCCUCCUGAGAUAAAGGCCCAGCUCCGCCAGCCUGGCGGGCGGGAGAAACUGAUACAACAAAUCCAAAGCGGAACUAUGCCGCCUGGCCUGGCUGACCUGGCUGGAGGCUUCGGAGGAGGAAUCGGAGGAUUUCCGGGGUUAGGCGCACUUGGGAACAUAUUUGGCGGUGGUGCUGGUGGAAUGCCGGAUAUGACCCAGAUGCAGCAGAUGAUGCAGCAGAUGGGAGGAGGCGGGAUGGCGAACAUGAUGAGAAACAUGAUGGGCGGGGGUGGUACCGCGCCGCUGUAACAUCGAUCAGCAGUCCCAGAAAUGCACGUGCGAGAACACGAGCUGCCAAUUGUGCUGGCAGACAGGGGGUGCAUGUAAGCCGACGCCGCCAAAUCAAUGUACUGAGUGCGU